CGCGACAGUUCACAGUAAGCGUAUCAUCUUCAAGAGUAUUCGCGCGGGUUGCGUGAGUGAUAGAAUGUUCGUUCUCAUCUGAGAUAUCGGAAGAGAGAGGGAGAAUUAAAAGUGUGCGUGUGCGUCGUCGUGUGUGUAUACACGUGAGAGGGAAAGAGAGAGAGAGAGGAGAAAAAUAGGGAGAGAGCGAGCGGUGCGGCAACCCGCCACUGUCUCCGGCGCCGGUGGGAUGAUCAAGGAUAUGGCGGACGAUGAGGCCAUACAGGCCACCAACGACGACGCCAGCGAGUGCAAGCGUUACGCUGUGCAACUCGGCUACUGGUGCGACCCAUUCAUCAGUCUGUUUGUCAAGCAGACCGCUCGGAAGGCGCCUGAGAUCAAUCGUGGUUACUACGCCAGAGUCAAGGGCAUCGAGCUCUUCGUCGAGAAGUUCCUCAAGCUUUCUGGUGGUAAAGGUCAGAUCAUAAACUUGGGCGCUGGUUUUGACACUCUUUAUUGGAGACUCAGGGAGACAGGGAAUAGUCCUGCGAAUUUCGUGGAACUUGACUUUCCCAGCAUAACUGCUAAGAAAUGUUAUCACAUCAAAAAGCACAAGCAAUUAAUCGAUAUGUUAAACACCGAAGACGGAGAAAUCAGAUUCUCAACCACAGACUUGCACGCCGCGAACUAUCAUCUGGUUGGUACAGAUCUGCGACACAUAGCGGAGCUAAAUAACAAAUUGGCCCAAGCCGAAGUCAAUUUCAAUUCACCUACUAUGUUCCUCGCAGAAUGUGUUCUGGUGUACGUAGACGCUAGCGCGACAUCGUCACUAUUGAAAUGGCUAGCGAGCAAGUUUCCAAACAGUCUUUUCGUCAGCUACGAACAGGUGAACAUGAAGGACAAAUUCGGUCAGGUCAUGUUGUCGAAUCUUCGCAGCCGUGGGUGCUUAUUGGCGGGCGUGGAGGAUUGUGAGUCGUUAGAGACUCAACAGAGACGAUUUACUAUAAACAAUUGGGAGGGCACGAGCGCAUGGACGAUGGUGGAUGUUUAUGAUUCACUGCCUGUAAUGGAUCGUAGUCGAAUCGAGCACAUAGAGAUGCUGGACGAACGAGAACUCCUUACCCAGCUGCUCCAGCAUUACUGUAUCGCCGUUGCUUGGAACGGACAAACAUUUAAAAAUCUGUCUAUAGCACAGGGUUAG